GCUUGACGUUUGUUGUUUGUUGGUUAUGGAUGGACAUAUGUGUUGUAAGCGAAUUUAUAAAACAAUAAAUUAAAUUUAUUAUUUAUUAUACAAUCAUGCGAAAUGGCUAAUGAUGAGGGAAAUAUAUUUCCUGACACUCUAAGUAAUGUUAAUAUAGAGUGGGUACCUUUAACUCUUACAUUGGUGGAAUAUCCUAAAGGUGAUAUUUUUGGAAAAUUCCUGGCUUUAAUUAGCUUAGCUCCUUUUGGAAUAGGUUGUGGUUUUGUAGCACUUAUUCUAUUCAGGAGAGACCUACACACUAUAACCUUUUUCUUGGGAACAAUAGCUUCUGAAAUAUUAAAUUAUAUUUUAAAACAUAUAAUAUGUGAAGCAAGGCCAUUGAGAAGGGACGGAGUUCAUGUAGAAUAUGGGAUGCCAUCAUCACAUGCACAAUUUGUAUGGUUCUUUGCAACUUAUGUCAUAUACUUUGUGUAUAUAAGGUUGCAACAUAUGAAUAAUAACACCAUAAUUCAAAGCUUAUCAAAAUUUUUGAUAAUAUUUUCUUCUUUAUCAAUGGCUGUUCUAGUCAGUAUAAGCAGGAUCUAUUUAGAAUACCAUAGUGUAUCACAGGUGCUGUAUGGAGCAUUAUUAGGCAUUAUUUUUGCAACAUUUUGGUUUGCUUUGACUUAUUUAAUACUUGCGCCCCUAUUCCCACAAGUAGUAACCUGGAGGAUAUCAGAAUUGCUUUUAUUGAGAGACACAACUCUGAUACCAAAUGUUUUAUGGUUCGAAUAUACAAAUACAAGAUCAGAAGUCAGAGCUAGAAGAAAAAAAUUGGUCAGUAUGAAGUCCCAAUGACACAUAAUGUGGGACAACAGUCUCAGUUAUAGUUUAGUGUAUUACUGUCCUGGAACAUUUUUAAAAUUGUUUGGUUGGUUCAAAAAAUGGAAAUAAAUAAGUGGGAAUGAUUGAGCAGCUUUACAAUUGACUGCUAUUUUACAUUUAUAUGCUAUUAUGUGUGUUAGUUUUUAAGACAAAAAUGUAGUCACUGAAUUUUGAGCUUUGAUAGUAGGUUUCAAGAGACUGAUUUACAAAAAUUUUUUAUAAAAUGUUUCAAAAAGAUGUGCGCUAUAUGGGAAACGUUUUUAUUAAUUUCUUAUGCAUUAUGUUAUUAACCCAUUAAUAACCAACCCAUCAAAGAAAUAAAAUUAAUAUUUUUAUAAAACUUAUCAAAAUACCUUCAUGAGAAUAAAACAACAAAUUUUAAACAUAUAGAUACUUUACAAAAAACAGAGUGUUGUGUAAACGCAUCACUGGUCAGUGCUUUAAACUAAUUAUGGUACAUCUGGAAGCAGCCAAACAAGUUUUUUGUUAGAUUUUCCGCAUGUAUAAAUUGUCUGGCUAUGACACUCUUUGGAUUUCUGCAUUCUGUGGAGUAUGGGUACUGUGUUUAUCUGGUUUCACUUGGUAGUUUAUCAGAGGAUUUGCUUUUUUUUUCUUUUUUUAUUUCUACUUUCAGUAAGCAAAAAACAAUGGAUCUAAAUUAUAGCUACGAUGUUUUUUU